GGAAGAGUCAGAUCGCAUAGCUUAUUGCUCUCUAUCCAACGCGAUUACUCAUUCGACCUUUUGCUUUCUUUGGAUCGUCAGCUGCAGCUUCUGAUGAUUUCCUAGAAUCGGGAUUGCUUGCCUCUAGGAUUCAUACUCUUUGGUUUCAAUCCCUAGCUCUAAGAGCUGGGAUUGGUGGUUAUUGAAUUUUGCUGAAUUAUGGUGAUUUGUUGAAGUAGUAGGAGGAGGAGAACGAGGAAGAAAUGGAAGAAGGAUGUGAGCAUUCAUGUCUAGAUUUGGUUCAUGUUGUUUCCUGCAAAGGAGUACAAGAUUGUGGUAGUUGGGUUGGAUAAUGCAGGGAAGACCACCACUCUUUACAAAUUGCACUUGGGUGAGGUGGUGACUACCCAUCCUACCAUUGGUAGCAAUGUGGAAGAGGUUGUCUACAAUAACUUACGCUUCGAGCAGGUAUGGGACAUCGGAGGACAAGAGAGGCUAACAACAUCAUGGGAAACGUAUUACCGAGGAACUAAUGCCAUAAUCGUAGUCAUAGACAUCACUGAUAGAGCAAGGAUCUCCAUCAUCAAGGAAGAACUUUUCCGGCUGUUGGGUCAUGACGAAUUGCAGCAGGCCGUUGUGCUCGUAUUUGCAAACAAACAAGACAUGAAAGACGCCAUGACCCCUGCUGAGAUAACAUAUACCCUUUCGCUCCAUAUCAUCAAGAAUCACGAUUGGCACAUCCAUGCAUGUUGUGUCCUCAUAGGUGAGGACUUGUAUGAUGGCCUCAGAUGGAUUGCUCAGCAGGUUACUGGGAAGGCGCCAAGUUAGACGACGAAACUGGUUGAAGGAGUUACCCGGAUUGUGUACACCAUUUGAUUGUAUUUGAUAUUUCUACUUUUAGUGACUGGCAAAAAUGUUCUCACGGUCUACUGUUUGGUCCAAUGAAAGCAUUUUGUUAAAGAUCUGCUCUAAAUAAAUUAUGCAC